AUGUGGCAUUUCAUCAGCAGGGCACAAAGUGCGAAAGAGCAGGUGGAUAACCAGGACACUGCUUUUCCAGAAUACAUUAUUUUUGACUUCUUCCGCGAGUUGGCUGAGGAGAAGCGCGAGGGUGCCGAGCGUCUCUUGAAGAUGCAAAACCAGCGCGGCGGCCGCGCCCUCUUCCAGGACGUCCAGAAGCCGUCCCAAGAUGAGUGGGGGAAAACCCUGGACGCCAUGGAAGUUGCCCUGGUUCUGGAGAAGAGCCUGAACCAGGCUCUUCUGGAUCUGCACGCCCUGGGUUCUGCCCGCACAGACCCCCAUCUCUGUGACUUCCUGGAGAACCACUUCCUGGACGAGGAGGUGAAGCUCAUCAAGCAGAUGGGCGACCACCUGACGAACCUCCGCAGGCUGGCCGGCCCCCAGGCUGGGCUGGGCGAGUAUCUCUUCGAGAGGCUCACCCUCAAGCAUGACUAGGAGCUCCGGAGACCAGCAGCAUCCUUUGAGGGGGCCUCGCUGACAUCCGUGCCUCACCCUCUCCCUGCAGCCAGAGGCAGCUUUGUAACCACCCUGGAGCCCUCUCCCAAGCCCUGGACCAAAUGGAAACAAUAAAGCUUUUUGCAGCAAAAAAAAAAAAAAAAAAAAAAA